CCUAAAUUACAUUCCCUGGUUGAUCAACGGCGAUUCAACUCCGUCAAUGUCUUACCCGGAAAGAAAGAGGAAGAGGAGUCGGUGGUCAAAGCCGCAUUCGACCCAAAACCCGUCACCGUCACUUCCCGAUGAUGUGCUAUUGAGCAUCUUCGCACGCGUCUCAAGAUUGUACUAUCCGACUCUCUCACACGUAUCCGAGAGCUUUCGAUCUCUCCUAGCUUCACCAGAGCUUUACAAAGCCAGGUCACUCUCGGGAAACACCGAGAUCUGUCUCUACGUGUGCUUACGGUGCUCUACUGGUUAUCGCUGGUUUAGCCUCAGCCGUAAACCUGAUCAAACCCUAACCUAUGAGGAGAGGAAGUCAAGUGGUUAUGCUUUGGCUAGAGUCCCAAUUCCCGGUGGUUCUCCUAAUGUACGAUCUUCGAGUCUCGUGGCGGUUGGUUCUGAUAUCUAUAACAUUUGCGGAUCCAUCAACAAAGCGUCCUCCUCCUCUAGCGUCUCAAUUCUGGAUUGUCAGUCUCACACGUGGCGGGAGGCUCCAAGCUUGCCGGUGGAGCUAAGUUCAAUUUCUGCUAGCGUCCGUGAUGGAAACCAAGGCGGCCAUGGGUAUUCUGAUUCCCGGAAAAACUCCUUUAAGGUGUUUGCUUACAAUUCCAAGGAAGGUAGAUGGGAUCACCUAGUUGGACUUGGGGCGGGUAGUUUUAUGCUUCCAGAUUCUUAUUGCGUGAUAGAUAACGUUUCGUACUCUGUAUCCGAUGGAAUGUUCAGAUGGUAUGACACUGAGGUAAGAAGGUGGAAAGAUUUGAGGGGUUUGUUUCAGCUACCUAAGUUCUCUGCGGGUGCUUGUGUUAUAUUGGCUGAUUAUGGUGGAAAGAUGGCGGUCUUGUGGGAUCAAUUGCCUUAUCAUCAUGGCUUUCAUAAGACGAUUCAGUGUGCGGUGAUUGCGCUUGAAAGGCGCACAAGUUUUGUAUUUCGGGAGAAAAGUUGUCAAAUUUGGGGGAAGGUUGAGUGGGUUGAUGAUUUACUUACAGUCCCUACAUCGUAUGAUCUUGUGAAGGUUCUUGUUGCUACUCUUUGAUGAAUGCGUCACAAAGAUUGAAGAGUGACUUUGUGUCUCUUGUUUCACUUCUAAUCAUAUUAUGUCACUCGUUAUUUGUUAAGCUUAUUUUCUGACCAAAACGUUGUUUUUUUUUUCCAGACCAAAACGUUGUUUGAAGCACUUUUUGUGUUGAAAUGUUG